CAAACCUCCUCUCUCUUGCAGUUCAGUUCAAUGCCGUGAACUCUUCGUCUCUCUUUUUUUUCUUUUUUUGCGCUGUGCUGCGAAAGAGAGUGUCGCGUGCUCAUUUCCCCAAUCUGGUCAGUUCGUCAGGGAGGCCUGUAAACAUCAGCCAAUACGGGAAAUCCAACACAGAAAAUGGUGGCUACAGCCAAAACAGUCAACAGUUUAGCCGGAGGUGCAAGAAGAUUGUCCAAAAGACUGGUCGCGUCUUAUAUCCUCGAUUGGAUCCUCAUACUAGGCAUAGCGGCCGUAGGAGGAGCAUUUUCCCAAAUCCACGGGGCCCGACAUGAUUUUUCUCUACAAGACCCUUCGAUAUCCUACCCUUACCACGACGACACCGUCACGGUCGGCGUACUCAUCGUCGUGGUCCUGGUCGCGCCGGGGGUCAUCACCGCGGCAAUCUCCUUGCUCUUCAUUCCAGGACCGACCGCGUCACCGAGAACCCCUAGGGCCUUGAUAUGGCGGCGCAAGAUAUGGGAGUGGAAUACGGCGUGGAUGGGUUUGGGUCUGUCGUUGGCUUCCGCUUUCCUCAUAACAGAAGGUCUGAAGGAUCUGUCCGGGAAACCUCGACCGUUUAUGCUUUCGGUCUGCGACCCAGACACCUCGCCGGAGUCCAUCCGGAGACACCAGGUCGGUGGGUUGGGUUCUUCCCUCGACUCGGCCACGCCCAUCGUCGUGUCGUGGCACAUUUGCCGCAACACCGACCAGUCCCAGAUGAGGAACGCCUUUGCCAGCUGGCCGUCGGGUCACUCCAGUUUCAGUUGGGCAGGCAUGUUGUACCUGACGUUCUUCCUCUGCGCCAAAUUCGCCGUCCAAAUCCCCUUUCUACCUCCGGCAACUCCACCGUCUAAUCGAGACGGCGGUAGCAGAAGAUUCAUAUCGACUUUUGACGAGGAGGAGGAUGGUGGUGGUGUCGCCGGGGCCGGUAUUCAUGACCAACAAAGUGAAGCGGAAACAACAACGACGACGACGACAGCGGAAGACCAUGGUUCUGGCAAAAAGAGUCUACGCUCGGCAGGGACCCCCGAAUGGUCAUCAUCCCUACGACAAAGACAACAACAUCAUCAUCAUUUUCAUCCUCCUCGCAACGAGGCGGCCGCUCCACCUAUUUACCUCCUCAUCGUCGCCUUCGUGCCCGUCGGCGUGGCCCUCUUCGUCUGCGUGUCCCGUUGGUUCGACUACCGUCACCACGGGUUCGACAUCAUCUCGGGUUCGCUCAUCGGCAUCUUCACCGCCUGGUUCGGGUUCCGAUGGUACCACUUACCCAUCCGAGGUGGGAGUGGGUGGUCUUGGGGCGCACGCAGCCGAGACCGAGCCUUUUGGUUGGGUGUCGGCAGGGCAAACUAUGUGGGUGACGAAGGGUGGGAAAGUAGGAAUAAAAUUGCUGCCGCCCAGAACCACAACCACAACCAUCACGACGGCAACAACGACAACAACAACAUCCAACAAAAUGGUCGCACACCUCGUAAUGUCGUUGAUGAUGAUUAUGACAUCGAGGCCAACGCCGCUCAGGCUUCCCAACGUGCCAACGCUCACGCCGCGACCACCACCACCAACACCAACAUCACAGGUCCAGGUUUACCUGAUCAUCAAGAUACAACCGAGAGGGUGGUUUCUUGAUGAUACUUCUUGAGAGACAAAAGUCUUUUUCACCAUCAUGACAACCUGGUGAUUAUGCAUCGACGAAUCCAUACACGACAUAUACACGCAUGUAACAGUACUUACUUACUGGCCUGCAUAUUAUGAUCAUGUUGACUGACGGCACUAGAAAAAUUGGAACAGUACCUAGGGAUCUUGUCUUCUCUGAAAUAGUACCAGUAAAAAAAAUAACGAAUAAACAAGUAAAAAU